AUGGCCGAAGAGUCAUUGACAACAAAUACAAAGCGUGACUCUGCCGUUCCGAUACAGAGUCGGUCUACAUCAUGGCUGCGUAACAUAUCACGAUCCAAUUUAGCUGGUUUGAUAUUACUCUACAUCACUUCGUUACACCUUAUUGGAUUAUACGUCUUCACAAAAGGGUUCCUCCUCACACGAUUGACGAUACCUCACGUGUCGCCUUCAUAUACACCCUCCAAUCCUCCUCCUCUACCUGCAACGCAUUCAAAAGCUGUCAUCUUGGUGAUCGAUGCCUUAAGAACAGAUUUUAUAUCUCCAUAUUAUCCUCAACCUCCUUCUCCACAUCAUCAUGGUAUCCUAACUUUACCUUCUGAACUCACCUCUUCUCAUCCUGAUCAUUCACUCAUUUUCAAUGCUUUUUCUGAUCCACCCACAUCUACCAUGCAGCGAAUCAAAGGAAUCACAACUGGUUCUUUACCUACUUUUAUUGAUAUAAGUUCAAAUUUCGCUUCUACUGCCAUAGAAGAAGAUUCUCUUAUUUCACAAUUAGUGUCUGCGAAUAAAACAAUUGGAUUCAUGGGUGAUGAUACUUGGGCCAAUCUUUUCCCUGAUACUUUCAACAUAUCACAUCCAUAUGAUUCAUUCAAUGUAGAAGAUUUACACACUGUAGAUGAAGGAGUUAUUGAACAUAUUUUCCCAUAUCUACAACCUUCCAAUCAGACUAAAUGGGACGUUCUGAUUGGUCAUUUCUUAGGUGUGGAUCAUGUUGGCCAUAGAGUAGGUCCUAAUAGAGAUACCAUGAGAAUAAAAUUAGAACAGAUGAAUCAAGUCUUGAAGAAGGUGGUGGAUUUAUUGGAUGAAGAUACUCUGUUGGUCGUACUAGGAGAUCAUGGCAUGGACGAUAAAGGUAAUCAUGGUGGUGAUGCAGAAUUAGAAACUUCUUCGGCUAUGUGGCUUUAUUCCAAAGGUCCUCCAUUAAGAGGAAAAUCAGAAUUUGACAAUAAAAUUACCGAAUCAUGGGCAACAUAUAUUUUCCCAAAGUCAAAUCAACCUCUAAGACAUAUAAAUCAGAUUGAUAUAGUUCCAACCCUCUCUCUACUCCUUGGUGUACCGAUACCAUAUAACAAUCUCGGUUCUGUCAUUCCUGAAUGCUUCUCGUACGAUUUGGACACUCUGGAAGUUGCUACAAGAGCUAAUGCAGAACAGAUCGAGCGUUAUCUAGGGGCUUAUGGAGAUAAAGCUAUCCGAUCAGCUUUAUCGAAUUAUUGGUCAAAAGCUAGAGCUACCUUGGAAUCGGUAACCUCGGAACCACAACCUCAAUCCGAGUCAUCGACCAAAGGGGUAAACAAAGUUACAGAUUGGAUUAGGAAAGGUAAAGCUGCUGCUGCAUCAGCUUCAGCUUCAGCUGGAGAGAAAGCUCAAUCUCAAGCUCAAGCAACCGAGAAGGACCAAUCAGCUCACUAUCAAAAGGCAUCCAUCACCGCACAUCGACAUUACUCCCUUCUUGCUCUGAAGCAUCUUCGAGCUCUAUGGGCGCAAUUCUCUCUCCCACUUAUUCUCGUCGGAUCGUUGAUUCUAGGCUUGAGCGUUCUCACGCUUGUCGCAUUAUACGUUGGUGUGAGAAAUAACGGUACCAACUGGGAUGUUUAUGCUCGACUGGCUCUCGAAACCUCUUUCGCAACAUCUGCAAUUCUCGGUUCAAUUAUCGGUACACUCGCAGGUAUAUAUACCGCUAGACCAUCAACUGCAAUCAAAGUGUUCAUCGUGACGUUCGCGUUGAUAUCAGAGAUUGUUCUCGUUUUCCCUCUUUUCAUGCAAAUCAGUACACCUCGAGCAUUCUCGAUCAAUCGAUACAUUGGUCCGAUGUUACUUUUCGCUCAUGCGACCUCCUUCGCUUCAAACUCGUUCAUCAUGUGGGAAGAUAGAGUCGUACUAUUCCUCUUAACUACCAUUCCGAUAAUAUACCUCCUCAAAGCACUUUCAGCACCAACAGCAGGUAUGAGGAUCAAGAUUAUACUACUCUCCCUGUCAUAUGCGAUUAUCGUUAGAUUGAUUGGAGCUGUUACGAUCUGUAGAGAAGAACAACAACCAUAUUGUAGAGUCACAUUCUUUUCUGGAACGACUCCUGUAGCUGCUAAAUGGGUCUUAUUCGCUAUUAUCCCAUUGGGUUUACAACUUCCACGAGCUAUUGGAAUCACUUUAGUCAAAUCCAAAUCAUUAGCUGGACCAGCUCCCUUUUUCUUAGGUUACUUGUGGAGAAGUGUUCUAGUUAUCAACGCGACUUAUUGGGUAUUAGAAUGGUUGGAACAUUAUGAAGGAUUAAAACCUGAAGUGGUGCCUACCAUCUCUUUGAUAAAACUAUGGGUGGCAAGAUCUUCGAUUGGUAUAACGUUAGGUGCAUUACCAUAUAUUUGGUUCAUAUCACCUUUAUGUAUAACAGUUGAAAAGACUAUAGAUCAAUCCACCGGUGAACAAGAAGUUAAAGUAUUAGGAUUCGCAAAUACUUUUGGAUCAACAUAUAUCUUAUUCUUCUUAAUCCCAUUCACGAUCGUUCAUCUGGUUUCUCAACCUAUGGGUCAAGUUGUUCUAUCUGCAAUAUUAAUUUCGUUGUUGAUUUAUUUGGAAUUGAUAGAUACAAGAAAAGACUCAAUCAUUUUACAGUCCACCUUUGCCUCCUCUCCCUCAGCGACAAGUAUUGAUAUUGAUCAAAUUGAUACCUCACAAACUAUAGUUAGACCAUCAUUUACGGAUAUAGUACCCAUAGCAUUAAUUGGUUUUAUUGGGUUUUUCUCAACCGGACAUCAAGCUGUCAUAUCUUCAAUUCAAUGGAAAUCGGCUUUUAUAGGAUUCGAAGUUGUUACAUAUCCAUUCUCACCAAUCUUGGUUAUAUUGAAUACAUUCGGCUCAUUCUUCUUGUCAAGUUUAGUCGUCCCUUUAAUGGGGUUAUGGAAUAUAUCACCUAGACCAAGAUCGUCAAUACCAGUCUUGAAUCAUUCACUUCAAUUGAUAUUGGCUUUCUUGAUUUAUCAUUCGACGAUCACGUUCUCAAGUGCAGUCACAGCCGCUUGGUUAAGGAGACAUUUAAUGGUUUGGAAAGUAUUCGCUCCAAGAUUCAUGUCAUCCGGAAUCACCCUUCUGAUAGUUGAUCUAGGUGUCAUAUUAGCUUUCACCAUUGGUGUCAGAGUAACAGCUUGGAAAGUCAACAAGACAUUUGGAUGUGAGAGUAUCUAG